CUCGACUAGGAUCUCUCUACCUAGUCGCCUUGCCUCUUCCAUGUGACAAAAAAGGGUACCAUUUGUAAGCGCCGGAUCGCAUGCAGAACGCAGAACGAUGGCAACGGCCGACGUCUACCACGAGCCGCAGCAGCUCAUGCGCUGCGGCGUACACGCAGCCAACAACCUCCUGCAGCGCCGCGCCUUUGAGGCGAGCGACUUUGACGCGCUCUGCGCCGAGCUCUGCCCGAGCACGUGGCGCAACCCCCAUCGCGGCCUCUUGGGCAACUACGACAUUGAGGUCCUUAGUCUUGCGCUGCUUCGCCAAGGGUACACGGUGAGCUACUUUGACGUGCGGAAACCGCUCACUGCGCUGCCGCUCGAGACGUGCGUCGGCCUCAUCUGCAACGUGCCGCAGUCGAGUUUGUUGGGGCUUUGGCAGUCGCGUCACUGGUUCUGCAUUCGCGAGGUGCGUCGUUGGCGCUGUCGCCCGCUUCUACCGCCUGGGUACAUAGGUCCAUGGUACGUUCUACAACCUCGACUCGAAGCUCGCGGCGCCAGAGCCCUUUCUCGAGGCGGCCAGUGUCCGCGCGUACUUGACAGCGAGCCUCACGACGCAUCCGUCGACGACCAUUCUCGUCGUCACGCUCACAACUCCAUCCAAGUAAAACACUAUAGCCGGUAUGUUUAAGACGGCGCAUGCUGUUCGUAGUUGGUAGUAGUUAAUCUAUGGACAAGUCGACAGUAGACUAG